CUCUCCAGUAUGGGACUGAUGCAGGACUGAAGAGGAUGCUCAAAUCCACCUGCUCCAUCAUACAUUAGAUACACAGCACAUAGCAUGCGCAGCAGUUAGACUAAACUAGAAAACGGAUUUUUUUGACUAAAAGUAAGUGGAAAACGACGAUAAGUGGUGUAGAGACAACACAAACGAGCGGAUUAGUAGCAUUUAUGAGAGGAGCAUUUAGCCCUGCAGACACUGAUCCACAGCACCGGGAGGCAAGAUGCCAGUUCAGAUACCGGACGACACCGAUUUCUUAUCUUUCCGAGAACAAUGUGAAAGUCAGGAUGGCUGGGUCGCCCGUUAUAACAAAGGAGUAGUGACGGUGUGGUGUAGAGACGAGGAGUGCAAAACUGUGCAGAAACUCAAGAUGAGAAUCGUGUGCAAGGACGUGACAGCAGAGACUCUCUACGACGUCUUGCACGACACAAGCUACCGGAAAAAAUGGGACUCCAACAUGAUCGACACUUUCGAUAUCGGAAGACUGACAGUCAACGCAGACGUAGGAUAUUAUUCCUGGAAAUGUCCAAGUCCAUUGAAGAACAGAGACUUUGUCACCAUGCGCUCAUGGCUUCCUCUUGGCAAUGACUAUCUGAUAAUCAACUACUCUGUCAAACACCCGGAAUACCCACCUAAGAAGGAUUAUGUCAGAGCUGUUUCAUUACUCACUGGGUACUUGAUCCAAUCCAAUGGAGCAAACUGCUGUACUCUUUAUUACUUGACGCAGGUGGAUCCACGAGGAUCUUUACCUAAGUGGGUGGUGAACAGAGUCUCACAGUUUGUGGCACCAAAGGCCAUGAAAAAGAUUUACAAAGCCUGCCUAAAGUACCCAGAGUGGAAGCGGAAACACGACCCGAACCUGAAGCCGUGGAGGUACCCGGAGCAGAACACGCUGCCCUGCAUCAGUGUAGCUGACCUGACGGUGCAGAGAGCAGAUUCACUGGAGAACAUCGAUGAGAGCUGUGUGAACGAGGAGAAGGCCCAGCACCACAGUGAUGAUGAUGAGACCUAAGAUAACUCACAGUGACUCUCCUUGUGUUCUGUGUGCAUGUGAAAGUGAGUGUGUCUCAUUCUCAGGCGAGGAUGGUUCCCUUACAUUUACUCUAUAAAUCAUACACUCAUAACAAUAUUAUAGUGUUUUGCAGAGAUUUAAAGACCUCCAUUCUAUGUCCACACACUGAAGAAGGGUCUGGUUGUAUUAGACAUGUUUAAUACUUUUUAUAGCGUAUGAUGAACUCAUUCAGUAUAAAACGUCUUACACAGUAUCAUACUCCGGAAGUGUCGCUUUAUUAGUCUAAGUUUCUGCUUACAACAUGAAUGUAAGUUUAUUAGCCUACACUUAAAAAAUAAAGGUUAUUUUUUGGCAUUUGUGGUUCACUGACGAACCUUUAACAUCCAUGAAACACUUCAGAAAUGGUUCACUAUAUUGUAAAAUGUUUUUUAUAUUACUAAAAUGUUCUUGGUUCAAACCUUUUUUUUUCAUUUUUAACAGUUACAGUAUGGUUCAAACUGGUUCUUUAAGAUGGCACAACUCUUUCAGCAGUUAUAUAACUUAUAAAACACCAUUUUCUUUUCAGCAUUGCAUUCAGUGGUGAGAUUUCCUGUGUGAGGUUGCAGAUAGCAAGGACUUCCUUAAACGUUCCUUAAAGUGACAAAAAUCUGCCUUGAAGAGGCCUCAAGGGCUGCAAAAAUCAGUUGUUUAGUACAUUCAAAUCUCUCUGUGUGUGCUUUUGACUCCAUGGGAUUUUUCUCAAUGUAUUUUCUUGAGAAUAAAAAGUUUGUAUUUCUAAAA